AUGGGUAACCUGUGGUUUGAAGGAACAGAGUGGCUAAACAGCCCAGACAAGCAGCUGCAACAACCUGAGGUAGCAGGGACCUCUGAGACUGCAAGAGAGAGCAUAAAGCCAAAGUUAGAGAAACAACUGUUAGCAAAGGAAGAAGAACAGAAUGAAAUGACAGAUCUACUUCUCCACAAGUAUGCGUCAUAUUGGAAGCUCCUGAGAGUAACUGCAUUUGUGAAACGGUUUAUUGACAACUGUAGAAAGUGUGAGAAGGAGAGGGGACCAUUAACGACAAAGGAAUUUGAGGCUGCAGAGAAGUUUUGGAUCACUCAGGUACAAACGUCCCAAUCAUUAAAAUCAGAUGUGGGCUUGAGGAAGGAUGGAGGAGGGAUCUUCAGAUGUGCAGGCAGAGUUCAACACUACAACCUAGUGUUUCUACCCCGCGAUAGCAAGAUGGGAACUUUGAUCGUUCGACAUGUCCAUGAGCAGACCUUGCAUGGGGGAGUCUCUGCAACCUUGUGCCACAUUCGAGAGAAGUUUUGGACGCCGAAACUGCGAUUGCUGACAAAGAAAGUUAUUCACAACUGUACAAUUUCCCAACAUUACUGUAAGAAGCCACUGACCACCUCAUACACUUCAGACACUCUGUUACCAGUCUUCAGAACUGAACUGUCAGAUCCUUUCGCUGUCACAGGAGUAGAUUUCGCUGGACCAAUGUACUAUAAGAUUAAGAAGUCCACAACUGCGAAGGCUUACGUCACUCUAUUCACCUGUGCCAGCACUUGA